UGUACUGUAUUAUAUACAAACUAAAUGAUACAGGUCGGUUAGACACGGCUCUGGUGGUGGGCACUAAUAUGCAACUGGACCAGCCACACAUGCGUUUAUUUCAGGAGUUAGGUAUGUGUUCACCGCGUGGUGUGUCGGCCCCACUGGACAGGGAGGCCGACGGUUACGUGAAAAGCGAAGUCGUCGGCUGUCUAUUACUGCAGAGACGGGCGAACGCGCGACGCGUUUACGCCGCCAUACGUGCGGUCCGUGCGAACAACGAUGGAAACAAAAUGGACGGUAUGUUUCACCCGUCAGGUGCCGCACACGAGGAGCUCAUUGCCGAUACGGUGGCCGACGCGGGCAUUAAUCCUUUGGACUUGACCUAUAUCGAGGGACACCUCACCAGCACCAAGGUUGUUGGUGACGUUGAAGAAGUUAAAGCAAUUUAUAAUGCGUAUUGUAAAAUACCCGGACGCAAAACUCCAUUGCUAAUUGGGGCGUUGAAAAGUAACCUGGGACACACAGAGGCCGGCUCCGGGAUGGCAUCCAUCAUAAAAAUGUUGAUAUCCUAUGAGAAUGAAUGCAUUCCUCCGAACAUUAAUCUCAAUGAACUGAAGGAUGAAUUG